AGGGGAGGGGAUUGGGGUUCGGGAGGGGAGGGGAGGUGAGGGUCGGGGUGGAGCACACACGUGCUUAGCUUCAGUCGGCGGGUGAAGCAACAGACAGACAGAGCUACUGCGCAACUUUUCAUUCAAGGGCAACACUGUCAGAAAUUAACGGUUGGCAAGUUAACAGGUGCACUACGGCGGAACGACAAGCCUACAAACUACAAUCACCGCGAGGCCCGACACUCCAUGCAAGUCCCCUAAAGUUUGUUUGGAAACACUUUUCGGUAGUUGACUGAUCUCACCCCAGCGGUGAUCCUGUAGAGAGAAGAUGCACGCCGGCCAGAAGGACACCACUUACACGAAGAUCUUCGUCGGUGGGCUGCCGUACCACACGACCGACUCGAGCCUCAGGAAGUACUUUGAGGUGUUUGGGGAGAUCGAAGAAGCUGUGGUGAUCACUGAUCGACAGACCGGGAAGUCCAGGGGAUAUGGAUUCGUGACCAUGGGAGACCGUGCGUCAGCAGACCGAGCCUGUAAGGACCCUAACCCCAUCAUCGAUGGCCGCAAGGCCAACGUCAACCUGGCUUACCUGGGGGCAAAGCCAAGGGUCAUGCAGCCAGGGUUCUCCUUUGGAAUGCCCCAAAUCCACCCAGCAUUCAUCCAGAGGCCUUAUGGGAUCCCGGCGCACUACAUGUACCCCCAGGCGUUCGUCCAGCCCAGCGUGGUGAUCCCUCACGUGCAGCCGCCCUCCGCCAGCCCCGCGGCCGCCGCCUCGCCGUACCUGGACUACAGCGGCACCGCCUACGCCCAGUACUCCGCUGCCGCCGCCGCGUCGGCCGCCGCCUACGAGCAGUACCCCUUCGCCGCCUCGCCCGCGGCCACCGGCUACGUGGCGUCCGGAGGGUACGGCUACGCCGUGCAGCAGCCCCUGCAGUCACCGGCACCGUCGGCCUCCGCAACCGCCGCCGCAUUCAGCCAGUACCAACCACAUCAGAUGCAGACAGACCGCAUGCAGUGAACACACACACACACACACACACACACACAGCCAGUACCAACCACAUCAGAUGCAGACAGACCGCAUGCAGUGAACACACACACACACACACACACACACACACACACACACACAGCCAGUACCAACCACAUCAGAUGCAGACAGACCGCAUGCAGUGAACACACACACACACACACACACACACACACACACACACAGCCAGUACCAACCACAUCAGAUGCAGACAGACCGCAUGCAGUGAACACACACACACACACACACAGCCAGUACCAACCACAUCAGAUGCAGACAGACCGCAUGCAGUGAACACACACACACACACACACACACAGCCAGUACCAACCACAUCAGAUGCAGACAGACCGCAUGCAGUGAACACACACACACACACACACACACACACACAGCCAGUACCAACAACA